UGCAUUUUCUGCAGCUUCACAACAGUUGUUCCCUCGGAGGGUGCAGGGAAGACGCUUAAUUGAUCUGUCUUGUAUUUUCAACGACAUGGGAAAAGGGUGCUCAUCUGUGCAGUAAGAAUGUUUCCAGCCCAUAGAGAAAGGGAGCAACCCAUUUUCAGCACCCGAGCACACGUGUUCCAGAUUGAUCCGGCCACCAAGCGUAACUGGAUCCCAGCCAGCAAGCAUGCUGUCACCGUCUCAUUCUUCUACGACGCCAAUCGUCAUGGCUACCGCAUUAUUAGUGUGGGAGGCACCAAGGUAACUGCAACCAAACGUCAGUCUUGUCCGGUGGGAAUAGGCCAACUGUCUUCUGCUCCUGGAUUUGCUAGUUUUACCCAGCCCAUCCCAUCUCUAAAACAGGCAACAAACAUGGCUAUCAUCAACAGCACCAUCACGCCAAACAUGACGUUCACCAAGACGUCCCAGAAGUUUGGGCAGUGGGCAGACAGCCGGGCCAACACGGUGUAUGGCCUGGGCUUUGCCACUGAACAGCAACUUAACCAGUUUGCCGAGCGCUUUAAAGAGGUAAAAGACGCCACUCGGCUGGCACGAGAGAAAUCUCAGGACAAGAUGGAACUGGCCAACCCUGCCUUAAACAUCGCUGCUCCGCAGUUCUCACAGGACUUGUCCGACGAGCUCCAGUCGCCCCCGGUGAUGUGCGUGAACGGGCCCGAGGACAAGCUGUUCCGCAGCCAGAGUGCCGACAUCACGCUGUCCUCAGAGAAGGAGCGGAUCAAGAAGAUGCUGUCCGAGGGCUCCAUCUGCGAGAUGAACCUGGAGGCGGAGCUUUUCACCCUGCAAGACAGCAAUGCCAAGCUGGUGGCGGCACUCCACGAGGCCAAUGCCAACGUGGAGCAGUGGAAGAAACAGCUGGCCGCCUACCAGGAGGAGACAGAGAGGCUGCGCGAACAGGUGGCUGAGUUGGAGGCCCAUGGAGGCCACGGACCCAGCGACAUUUUGAAAGAUGAACUCACACAGUCCCUGGAGGAACUGGAAGCCUUACUGAAGGCCAAAGAUGAGGAAAUCCGUAUUCUCCAGGCGAAGAAGUCAGACUUCCACGAGAUGGAGCAGGAGAGAGAGGAAGCCAUUCACAGGCUGCAGGAGCUGGAAAUGCGGAACGUGGAGCUGGAGCGGCGUGUGCAGGGCGCCGAGCAGACCCUGGCCUCCACGCUGGAGGAGCGCGACCGAACCGACAACGAGGUGCAGCGCGUCGUCCAGAUCCUUGACAUCAAGAUCUUCGACCUCAACGACCUCCGGCAGAGCCUGGUCAAGCUGCUCGAGAAAUAGGGCUGUCGAAAGGGGGGCACAGCCUUCGGGGGGGGACCUUUAGCUGACAUUUAGCUCAGCAGCGUGACG